AUGACCUCGAACCCCACCACCGCCCUACAGCUACGCCACCUUUGGGCCGCUUCGCACCUCCUCGCCACUACCUCCCCCUCGGUAUCGGCACACCUCGCAACCCGUUUACUGCACAUCUCGUCCGAAAAGGGGAUCAACCUGCCAGACAGUGUCGAGCGAAGCGUCUGUAAUGCCUGCGGCACGGUGGCGGUUUGGGGUAUCAAUUCCCAUGUGAGCAAACAGAGGAAAGGGAAGGACAAGGCGAUGAUGGUGUUUGAAUGCCAGAUGUGUGGCAGGAGUCGCGCGUCUGCUGUUCCCCUGGCAAAGAGAAGGAGGGGCAGCAGGGCCAGGAAGUCAAAGCUUAAGGCUGCAGUCACAAUUGCAGCUCCUCCUCCUCCUACAAAAGCCGAUGCGAAAGCUGAGGUUGGCGUGGUCCAAUCAUCGGGGAAGGCUGCUGGGGCCCAAUCGUUGGCAAACGCCAACAGUCGUAAACGGGCAAAGUCACGGAAGGGGAAUAGUCUCUCGGAGAUAUUGAAGGCGAAGAAGCAACAACAGCAGGCUAGUAGUGGAGGAGGCUUUGGAUUGGAUCUUAUGGAUUUGAUGAAGACGGGGUAG